UGUCGUUCUUUGUCUGCAGACUCAGUGGCAGAUGAGUGACACGAUUCAGCACGUGAUGCCUGUGGUUAAAGGGAAACCAUAUAAGCAAGUGAAGAUACUUCUGUUUGCUAAAGUCCCCGUUUUUUACUACCCACAGACAUCAGAAGUGAGAGGUUGCUCCCCGCGUGGCAUCAUUCAAUGGAUAACAUGGAGGAUACAUUUACAACCUUUAUGACCACCGCAACUGAAUUUGACGGAAGUGAUUUUAAUGCAACGGACUCUGAAUACGACUACGGGUCAGAACCGACCGUAGGCUCAGGCAUGUGUGACAGAAGUUGGGUCAGGGCCUUCCGUGGGCAGUGGGAGCCACCUCUCUUCUGGAUCAUCUUCCUGCUCGGCGCCGUGGGGAACCUGCUGGUGGUCUGGAUCUACACCUCCGUGCGCAACCGCCUGAAAACCAUGACCGACGUGUACCUGCUCAACCUGGCCGUGGCCGACCUCCUCUUCCUGUGCAUGCUGCCCCUCAUGGCCGCCGACUCCAUCAAGGACUGGGACUUUGGAAUUGCUCUCUGCAAAAUGGUUUCGGCGGUCUACAAGAUCAACUUCUUCAGCACCAUGCUCCUGCUCACCUGCAUCAGCGUGGACCGCUACAUCGCCAUCGUGCAGGUCACCAAGGCCCAGAACCUGAAGAAAAAGAGGCUGUUCUACAGCAAACUCGCCUGCCUGGGGGUCUGGACGUUCUCCGCCCUGCUGGCCCUCCCCGAGUUCAUUUUUGCCCGGGUGACUGACCGAAACGGGCAGGUUCUGUGCACCCUGGUCUACUGGAACAACGCCUUCAACCGCACCAAGUUCCUCGUGCUGUCCCUGCAGAUCUGCGUGGGCUUCUUCCUCCCCCUGCUCGUCAUGUCCUUCUGUUACUCCGUCAUCAUCCGCACGCUGCUGCAGGCCAAGAGCUUCGAAAAGCACAAGGCCCUGCGGGUCAUCUUCGCCGUGGUGUGCGUGUUCGUGCUCUCCCAGCUGCCCCACAACGCCCUGCUGGUGGUGGAGGCCACGCAGGCCGCCAACACCACCAUCACCCGGUGCGACACCAUCACGGCCGUCGACGUGGCGGGACAGAUCGCCAAGAGCCUGGCCUUCACGCACGCCUGCCUCAACCCGUUCCUGUACGUCUUCAUUGGCGUGCGGUUCAGGCAAGACCUGGUGAGGAUGGGGAGGAUGUGCUCGGCGGCGGGCUCAGGAGGGCUCAGCAAACUGCACGCCGUCCCCAAGCGUCCCUCCGUCAUGUCGGACACCGAUACCACCCCCGCCCUUUCUAUAUAGGCCCGAGACCCGAGCUUAGCUAAUACUUGCUAUUUUAGAGAGCGAUUUUUUAGUUUACAUUCCUGUUCUCAAUAAUAAAGACUGUUCUGGAGAAACUGUACAAACUGUAUAUUUGUGUAAAUAACGUUUUAAGUGUUUGUAUUCUUACAUUCUUUCCAUCAUGUAUUUGUCAUCUGGUGUAACCCCUUUCAAGUUAAAACAUUAAAUAUCAUCA